UUUUAAGUCAAAACUAGAAAAACAAUAAACGCACGUGUGAUUUUAUAAAGAGCUCUCAAAAUUAAUUUGGAAUAAUAAUAAAACAGUAUGGUUAAGCCAAAAAAAGCUAAUUUAGUUCAAAAUAAAAAUGUAGCUUUGGAGAAGCAAUUAGUUCAGGGUAAAAUAACGAAGCGAAAAAACAAAGAUAAGUUUCAUUUGCGCGCAGAAGAAAGUUCGGUGCUAGAUAGCAAAACAAGCAAAAAAAUUUUAGAUGCUGCGAAAGCCCAACAGUUGGAACUUAACGAUGAUAAUUUCCCUAGCCUAGGGGGGAAAAAAGCCUACACUCAUGUCAACAUAGGAGAAAUUGCUGAAGAGGACGAAAAUAAAGAUGUCACUGAAAAUGACUUUAUGGAUAAUUUAGAAAUCGAUGAAGAAGAUGCCAAAGCAUUCGAACGUUUUCAAAAUCCUCAGGAAGGAAAACGAACAUUAAAAUUAUCUGAUAUCAUACUGGAAAAAAUUCAAGAAAAACAACAAGAUAUUCAGAGUAAACUCACUGAUAAUGGAUCUCUUAAUAUAGAGGAUAUAGACCCCCGGGUGCGAGAAAUGUAUGAAGGAGUUAGGGAUGUAAUGAAGCGCUAUCGAAGUGGGAAAGUGCCGAAAGCAUUUAAAAUUAUUCCAAGACUACGAAAUUGGGAGCAGAUUUUAUUUAUAACGGAACCGCAUAAUUGGAGUGCUGCAGCUAUGUUUCAAGGAACUCGUAUAUUUUGUUCAGUUCUCUCGCACGCAAUGGCUCAGCGGUUUUAUAAUUUGGUUUUGUUGCCGCGGAUAAGAGACGAUCUUUGUGAAUAUAAAAAACUUAAUAUGCAUUUGUACAAUGCUUUAAAAAAAGCACUAUUCAAACCAGCUGCUUUUAUGAAAGGUAUAAUACUUCCUUUGUUAGAGGCUGGCGAUUGCACAUUGCGAGAAGCAAUUAUAUUUGGAAGCGUCAUCGCACGCAGUUCGAUUCCGGUAUUGCAUUCAUCAGCAUGUUUACUCAAAAUAUGUGAAAUGGGAUAUACAGGAGCAAAUUCAAUAUUUAUUCGCUACUUUCUUGACAAGCGUUAUGCCUUACCUUACCGUGUUAUCGAUGCCGCCGUAUUUCAUUUCAUUAGAUUUGAAAAUGAUAAACGUGAAAUGCCUGUAUUGUGGCAUCAAAGCUUAUUAACGUUUGCACAACGUUAUAAGAACGACAUUUCUUCCGAGCAAAAAGAAGCUUUGCUUAAUUUAUUAAGAAAGCAAUCACACCCAAAGAUUACACCUGAAAUUCGAAGAGAACUUUUGGCAUCAAGUUGUAGAGAUAUUGAAAUGAUGGAAUAUGGCAAUGAGACUGCUGCAAUGCCAGUAGAAAUGUACACUGAUAAAGAUGUUUGCUAUGAGUAAACAUGUUCAACGUAUAGCAUGUAAAUUUAUUUAUUGCUAGUUAUCAAUAAUUAACCAAGAUUUCUUGAAAAGCUUUUAUUUAUCUAAAAACUAGAAGAAGAGAGGACAAAAUGAGAGCGUAAAAAGCAGAGUGAGCUGUUAAGGGAUCGUCCCAAUGUGAAAAUUUCGAAUUAUAUUUAUAUUAUACAUUAUCGGAUAGUAGGCACUGUAUUCUCUCAUAUUUUGAAAACGAAAUACAAAUUAAUACAAAUUAUUACGGUCACUACAACGUUUCAUGUAGAAACGGAACAGAGUGGGGAACAUAGCGACUCCAAUCUAUAAACGCUUUUUUCUCAGAGUGUUUUUCUAAACGAUUUCCACUCUCAAAAGAAGUGUUUUGAAGAUAUCUAGCUCCAAAUUGGAAAGAACAUUUUAAUCGUCAUUCUCUAUAGCGCUAUGAAAGCUUUGUUUUGGGGACAUCGUACAAUACCUUUUUUUUACGUGUCAUUUCAACACUUUAUUUAACUAUUAUACACCCAAUGAAUAAAUAUAAAAAAAUAUCAUU